AUGAAGCUGUUGACGCACAAUAUGCUGUCGUCUAAAAGUCUGGAAGGAGUCAUAGUAGGAUAUCCGCUUCGCAUUGUCGCGAAAGACAUCAGUACAUCCCAUUCUCCGUUCAACAAGGAGUUUGUGAAGCAAAUGAUACCGAAACUCAAUUGGACAGUUUUUGUUAACGCAGCUAAGCAAAUUGGCCUGGGAAAAGACCUGUCCGAGAAGAUAGUUGAUGGCUUUGAAAACGAUGAAGAGUAUCUCAAAAAAGUUCACCAUCUACUCAUGGAAGUAGAUGUUAUAAAUGGUAAACUGAUAUGUCCAGCAACAGAAAGAGUGUUCCCAAUAUCAGGUGGUGUACCUAAUUUACUGUAA